CCAUUCACAAUAUAUUUGCUCUCUUCCUUUAUACCUGAUGUUUUCCAAAUGGAAGGCCUGAAAAAGAGGUUUUGAAAUUCUGCAACAACAUAGAAUGUUACAUCCCAGAUUUGUGGCACAGGAUUGACAGCUGGAGAGUCCCGUUACAAAGGAAAAUCAGAUGCAAUUAUGGGAACACCAAAUUACAGGGGGUCUGUUUCAGAGAUUACUGAAAAUGCUUGUAAAGAUGCAGAAAUAUAUAAGAAGUGUGAAGUUGAUGGUGUAUUGAUUGAAAAUAUGCAUGAUGUCCCAUAUGUUCAACCAAGAGAUAUGGAACCAGAAACAGUUUCUUUACUGUCAUGUAUCAGCAUGCAGAUUAGAAAUAUUCUGCCACCAACCAUACAGUGUGGAGUACAGGUACUGGCUGGAGGAAACAAAGAAGCCAUAGCCAUCAGCCUUGCUGCUGGGUUACAAUUCAUCCGAGCUGAAGGAUUUGUCUUCAGCCAUAUAGCUGAUGAAGGGUUUACAGAUGCCAGUGCUGGCACACUGCUCAGAUACCGCAAAAAGCUUUCAGCAGAUCAAGUUUUGAUAUUUGCAGACGUGAAGAAGAAGCACAGUGCUCAUGCCAUAACAGCAGAUAUAAGUCUUGAUGAGACUAUUAAAGCAGCAGAAUUUUUCAUGUCUGAUGGUGUCAUCAUAACAGGUUCUGCUACUGGAGAACCAGUUGAUGAUGAUCACUUUAAAGCUGCAAAGCAGUCGGCAAAAGGCCCAGUAUUAAUUGGCUCUGGAGUAACAGAUGAAAAUGUUAAGAAAUAUAUGACCUCUGAUGGAUUGAUUGUUGGUUCACAUUUCAAGAAAGACGGAAGGUGGCAGAAUGCUGUUGAUCCAGAACGAGUGCAAAGAUUCAUGGAGAAAAUAAAGCAGUACCAAUGAUGACUACACUAUUAUAAAAAGAGCUGUCUCAUCAUCACUGAACAUUAUAUUUACAUGUGAAUACUGAAGUUCCUUUUUUAUGUGACCAAACCUACUGACCCUAGUAGACAUAGGAUUUACAGCUGUCUGUCUGAGCUUUUACAUCAAUUUGGAAAGAUUUAAUAAGUGGAAACUCUCUUAUCAAUUGGUGCUAUAAAAAUGGCUGACAAGCAGAAAGCAACAUAGAUGGAAAUUUAAAAUGGUUGACACAUAAUACAAAUACAAUUAAAACACAAGCUUUGAAAGAUCA